AUUACGAGAUGAUCAUGUACUGUUUCAAAGACCCGCGUCCCAACAAGUGGGCGCAGGCCUUCAUUGACACGAAGGAUAAUGCAAAGAGCAUACUGGAGAAGCACGGAGGUGGUCUGUGUGGGAUUUUCAUCACCGAGUUUGGCAGCCCGACAGGAGCUUUGACGUUGAUCAGCCACUUGCCGGACGCAGACUGUCGCAAGCCAUUCAUGGAAGAGAUGCUUGCGAAUGCAGAGGCGCAGAAGAAAGCGGACGCUCUCAUGGUUCAUGUCAGCACCGUGCACAACCGCGGUCUCGUCUGCGUGAAAGACCUUUGCUCCAACUUCAAGUAGACUCCGAAGAUCUGCCAUCGCUCUCCACGUAACCGACAACAGCGAGGGAAGACGAUGACGAGAAAUGAUCUAAUUCCUGUAGUGGUUAGGUUCCGGUUAUGCAUCCAGCGACUAUGUCGAUAUGUCGAGUUGUCUGUUUGUGUAUUUGUUCACAUGGAAACUUACAAUGAAGCUGUAGCGAUAGGUCUCAUUAGUCAUGCUGAAAACAGCACGUUGUUGCGAUCGCGUUGUUUAUUUCUAUCGUAUUCUGACGCUGCAGACGUGGAACCAAGUCCAUCGAUGCUGCUGUCCCUAAAUCAGUUUACGCUUAGAAUCAAUUCGCACCGGUUUAGUUGCAACUAGGCAGCAAUAGCUGCGCGAACUCCUCAUGUAAACAUUUAUUACCCCGUACAGACUGCAAAAUGUGAUCCCACAUCAAAUUAAUCGCACCAAGCGCGGCGGCCAAAUCCGUAGCGUACAAACACAAAAUUAGAUGCACAUCAAAUUAAGAAGGGUUGACUAGCUGUGCAUGGUCAGCUCAGCUCGUUACGUCACCCCGCAGACAGCUAUCUGUUACGUUCAUGGUGACUAAAUAAUGGCUAUCGCAUGCGUAUUGAGAAAUAUUACUCGCACCUGGCCCCCACAUUGCGUUAUGCACACACCCCACUACAACACACACACACCCACACACACACAACACACAACACACCACACCCACACACCUCACACACCAGCGGGCUAACUUGGUACUGGCCAAGUUAUCCCGGGCUUGGCCCUCCUUCAUUAGCGAGGCCAAAGUGGUGCGGGACAGCACGUGUUUGGAGCGGGAUAGCGUAUACGCACUGCACAAAUUUGACGCGCCUGGCCCGGACAUGUUUGAUAUGCUAUCAAAUUUGCAGUCUGUACGUGGUAGUUGAAGAUUCUUUCGGGAAGUUCUGCGAGGUGAUGGCUGCAUUUAGCUGUGCGACUUUUAUACGAUUAACCCACCGCGAAGAAAUGUUGUUAGACUGUAACUGAUUGUUGACGCGUAAGUAACAAAUAAAUCACUCAAUAAACAAGUAACAAGAAAUUCUAUGA